GCGAUACAUCCGUGGAUGAGUUUUAUCUGACUAAAGCUGAAAUGAGGAAAUUAGUCUUGUGUCUAGCUGUGCUGGGAUUGAUAUCCCUGUCUCUCGGUCAAACUUGCCCGCCAGCCAGUGCCGAAGAGCUACGGUGCCUCCGGGAAUGGGCCUGUCAGUACGUCAUUAGCCUGGAUCUGCGCUGCCUGAUCGGUAUAAAUGGCAAACCAUUGCUGGGCAAUCUUGUUUCCCUACCCGGCCUUACCGGAGGCAACAGCAGCAGCCCUCUGUUGGGUGGCUAAUAACCCCCACUCGAUGGCGAAAAUAAGCUCACAUUAACCCAAAAUUGUGCAUUUUACUUUAAAAGAAGUAUUGUUUUGAA